GUAUCAUAGAUUAUCUGAUAAUCUAGCAUAUAGUGGAUCCAGUAAGAGCAGGGCUCAGCUAUACAGGUGAUGAUAGGUUCAUUAUACCCCUUGUUAAGCCCCCUCUCAGCUCCAAUCCUUCGGAUAUUCACGCCGAUGAAUACCCCACACUUCCGAGAUGGAGGUAUCAUUUCUCAAGGUUACGCCGUAGGCCUUCGUGAGGGGCCACGCCUAUUUGAACAUACGUUUACUUAAUACUUUCAUCGAUAUGUCUAUCUUCGACGUAGUAGAUGCACUAGAGUUUGAAAAUGGGUGACAGCAACAUUCCAGCAACCAGGAAGUCCUGGAAAGAACUACAAGCGGCGAAGUACGCAGAGAGAGACUCGAGGAUUCCAGCAGAAUGGAAAUUGAAGGAAGAGGACUUCCCGCCAGAGGAUACAGUCGACCUUCGCCCUUUUGUCAGUUCGGGCGGGAUCUUGUCUCCAGCAGAACUGGCUAUCACCAGCGAAGAGUAUGAUGCGACGUCGCUAGCCGCUGCCAUUGCUGAGGGCAAAUUCACGGCUUUAGAGGUUGUGACGGCAUUUUGCAAGCGUGCCGCAGUAGGACAUCAGCUAUGCAACAUGCUCACGGAGAUCAUGUUCGCGGAUGCGCUAGAAAGGGCCAAGGAGCUAGACGACAUUUUCAAAAGCACAGGGAAAGUCGUCGGUCCGUUGCAUGGGGUUCCGAUGACCUUCAAGGAGUGCUUUCACUUCAAGGGGUAUGAUUCGACUAACGGAUACAUGUCUCGAGUCUUCCAGCCGGCCGACCGCACGUCGCCACUACCGGAGCUCAUGCAAGCCGCGGGAGCAGUAGUCAUUUCUAAGACAAAUGUACCGCAGACUAUGUUAGUCGCAGAGAAUGACAACAAUGUUUAUGGACGCUCUAAGAACCCCGUGAACUCUCGUCUGACGAGUGGAGGCAGUAGUGGGGGUGAAGGCUCAAGCCAGGCUUUUCGAUGCAGCGCCCUUGGUGUCGGCACCGAUGUUGGGGGAUCAGUACGAAUACCGGCCGCUUGUAAUGGUGUCUAUGGUUAUAAGCCUAGCUUCGGAGUCAUUCCUAUGAUCGGCUACUCUUAUUCCGGCUGGACGGGAUCCAACACAGGAAUCCCGGCCGUCACCGGUCCCCUAGGACAUUCGGUGCGCGACCUCGAUCUUUUCACCAACAUAGUUAGAGCCGCAAAGCCUUGGUCCUUUGACCCUGCGGUGAUACCGAAUAUCAUGGAGAUUGAAACCGUGUCGCGGAAGCCUGUCAUCGGCGUCAUCUAUGAGUCUGGACUGACCCCUCACCCGCCAGUGCGCCGGGCUAUGCGAGAAGCUGUUUCCAAGCUAAAAGCUGCUGGGUUCGAAAUCAAAGAAUUCAACCCGCCGGAUUUCAUUGGCAUCCGCGAUAUAUCCGAGCAGUUGUUCACCCUUGACGGACUCUCGUACCCAAAGCAAGAAUUUGCCAAGUCGGACGAGCCCGUGGUCCCAAGUGUCAUGAAGAUCGGGUUCUGGGAUAUCCCCCCUAAAACUCAAGAGGAGGCAUGGAUGUGGAAUACGAAGAAAGGGCAGAUCCAGAAAGAUAUGUUGGACGAGUGGCAGCGAGUUGGCUGUGAUGUCAUUCUGGCGCCCGCCGGUCCUCACACGGCCGUAUUGCCCGGCGAUUGGACCAGCGACAUCUAUACAGUGGCUUGGAACGUGUGUGAUUAUCCUGCCAUUAUUGUGCCCUUUACUCACGCCGAUCCGACUCUCGACCCGGCGGACGCCGAAUUCAAGCCUAAGCACGAAGCGGACCAGAAGAAUCAAGAUAUGUAUGACCCGGAACUUUUCAAAGGAGCGCCGGUGGCUUUGCAGAUAGUUGGACCAAGACUUGGCGAUAAGCAGCUACUCAAAGAUGUUGAAUUGCUUGACAGUGUUCUAAACGGCACUGUUUAGCGUCUGCCUAGUUGUUUGCUAAGCCUUCCAGGUUACAUAUGUACCUAUCUAAGUACCUAAUCAGCAACACGUACCAAUUCCGCGAGGAUCUCCCUAAAAUUCGCCGGAGAGUGAGUACCUAGCCCUUGGUAGUCUAGUUGGUUAUGGCGUUCGACUGUAAUUGUAAUCCGAUCUCAUGGUCCACGAUUGUUUAUCGAAAAGUCACCGGUUCGAUUCCGGUCCGAGGGAAUUAUUUUUUCCUAUUUCUUCAUCCCUUUUUAGUUCGUGUUCCGUUUGUGUGUAGCUGAGCGACGCUGUGAUACUGGGCUAGGGCUUAAGCUUCUUUUUAGUCCCGUGAAUGGCGCCCUAUUUUCAUCCAAUCAGGAGCUCCACGUACCUCAGCUUGGUUUCAGGACCUAUUCGUACGUAAAACUAGCAGUUUGCGGAGGGCGGACGGUUGCAACGUACCAUCGAGAUAUGUCUGACUACCUAACUACGGCAGACACGACAACCACGUCGAUGCA